AUGUUCACUUCCCGCUUCACAAUUCUUGCGCUACUUGCCUUCCUCGCCGGUGCCAAUGUGGGGUGUGCAACGUGCCAAGAAACAUUGGAGGUCAAUGGUGUAGCGACCUACGAGCUAGUCAGCAGCUAUGUUAAGUCUGACAAUGGGUUCACAGAGUGCAGCUACGUGGAUAAGAAGGGCGACGAGGUGGCCUGCGAGUAUACGGUACGUGACGCGUGA